AUGCCCAGUUGCCUCACAAGCCGCACCCACUGCCACAAGCUCUUCAGCUUCGCGCACAGGGGGGUGUUGAACUUCGCUCCAUCUCACUUCUAGGACAAUAUGCGCUCACUGAAGUAGAGGUGCCUCGCCUUUUGGUGCAGUGGUAUAUUGUUCCUUCAUACCGCCGAGCCCGCGAUUGUGCGCGCCCGCAAUAUUAUUGCGUGGACGUUGCCGUCUGGGCGAACGCUGCGUUGCCUCGUCGACUCUGGUUCGGAAGUGGACUUGGUGGAUCAGGAUGUCGUGCGAACAGACCCGAGUUUCACGACGUCCCGCCUUACCGCGCCGCUGCACUUGCGCCUCGGCACUCGCGACAAAUCUGACCGCUGCGCCGUGUUUGCCAACGCCCUCUUCACGUCCGGUUCCCUCGACCUCGGCUUGCGGGCGUUUUUCAUUUGCCGUGUGACGGCAUAUGAUGCUAUCCUGGGUUUGCCGUUUCUGAAGGACACCGGCAUGCUGGUAGGCUGGGGCGUCUUCACCGUCGCACGGCCGGGCCCUUCGCAGCCGGUCGCCAAGGGCACUCACGAGUGGGAUCGCGCAGUCACGGUGGCGCCCAUCUGCUCCGGCUCUGCCAUUGGCUACGAUCACCCAGGGUUGCUUCCUGACGACGAGAUCAUUGGCCUCGAGCCGCACAACCCUCUACUGGAUGUCGUCGACGACCCGGCGCUCGAGGAUUUGUCUGAGUCCGAAGCACGAACACGAUUGGCUGCCUUACUCGAGAAAUACUCUGAUGUGUUCGUAGAUUCGCUCCCAAUGGACCGACUCCCGCCUUAUCGACCCGUCAAUCACGAAAUCCCUUUGAUCGACCCCAACGAGAAGGUCAAGCCGAGGGUCUAUCCCCUUGCCGACAAAUAUCGUAGCCAGUGGGCGGAGCAUUCAGCUAAGUACACUCGCGGUCGCUUCUGGGUUUCUGGUCCGAUCGACUCUGCGGCUCCGGUCUUCGCCAUUCCGAAAAAGAACUCCCAGACCGCUCGCUUUGUGAUCGACCUCCGCGCUCGCAACAGCAACACCGCCAAGCGUUUUUCACCUAUCCCCGACAUGACCAGUGUUCGCUACGAAGUGGCACGUUCGCGCUACCGGUCCAAAUUCGACGUGGCCGCAGCGUUUGAGCAGGUGCGGGUCAUACCCGAGCACGUCGAUCGCACCGGCUUCGCCACGGUCACGGGCACGUACACGUCGCGGGUGAUGCAGUUUGGGGACACCAAUGCGCCCAACACCCUGAACUUGUUGACAUCGGCGAUGUUUCAGCCGUGCCUCUCGUUUGCCAAGAUCUUUUUCGACGAUGUUCACGUCCAUUCCGAUACUCGUCGCGCGCACUUAAGACACAUCGAGAUUUUGCUGAUGACACUGCGACAUUAUCGGUUCUACUUAGGAUCCAACAAAUCCGAGUGGUUCUCAAAGUCGUUAGAUUCCUUGGGCGCGAUCAUCUCCGACGACGGCAUCGAGGUCGACCCGGCCAAGUGGGAGCGUAUCCGACAGUGGCCGACUCCACACAACAAGACCGACGUUCAGCGUUUCCUCGGCACCGUGAAUUGGAUGCGAGAUCACCUGCCCCACCUCUCGAUCACCUUGGAGCCCAUCACCGCAUUAUUAGCGCAAUCGACGUCGUGGCGUUGGAACGAGCGCGAGCAGCAGGCCUUCGACACCGUCAAGUCCCUCGUGCCAGCAACACUGCGACCGAUCGACGGCGCUAAGGUCACCUCCGGCGAGCACAAAAUCUACUUGUUCACCGAUGCCAGUCGUGUUGGCAUUGGCGCUUGCCUGGCCUCGGGCCCCACUCGUUCGCAGGCCAUUCCUACGCGAUUCUUCUCCGCUAAGUUCAAUGGCGCUCAGCUCAAUUAUCACGUCACUGAUAAGGAGUUCUUAGCCGUCGUUUCGGCGUGUCGGGCGUUCGAGCAGCACUUGAUCGGUUACCCCUUCGUCAUCGUCACCGACCACCAAGCCCUUCGCACGAUUAAAACGCAGAAGUUACGCCAAACACCCCGGCACAUCCGCAUGUGUCUCGAACUCAGCCGUUUCGACUUCGAAUUCGAAUUCAUUGCGGGCAAGAACAACUCCCUUGCCGAUUCGUUGUCACGCUUGUGGGAAGUCAAGGAGGGAUCGCCCGAGGAUCAGGUCAAGGAGAAUGAGUUGGAGGAUAUGUUCUUUGAUGGAGAACGCCACGGAUUCACUACACACGGUGAGAGCCUCCCUGAGGAACGUCCUUACACCUCACCAUCUCCCGAUCGGUUGCCUCCUGUUGAUUUUGCCUUCGGGCCCCAACGCGACGAUUGCGAGGCAGGCUCUCCCGGAUACUACGCGCUCAAGGACGAAUCGCAAGACGAGGACGUGAAUGGACGGGAUUUAGGGAAUUUGUUCUUGAAGGAAGAAUGCCACGAGUUCACUACACCUGGUGAGAGCCUCCCUGAGGAACGUCCUUACACCUCACCUUCGCACGAUCGGUUGCCCCCUGUUGAUUGUGCCUUCGGGCCCUGGGAUCACGGCUACGACGCAGGCUCUCCCGGUUCCCAUCGUCUGGCCGAGAACAUUAUGGACGCCGUCGACUCUUCUACCGGUCCCCUUUCUCCUCCCAUCGCCGUCAAUCGAGUUCAUGCUAUCGCCGCGGCCCCCGCCAACGACGCGCCCAUUCCAGUCGAUGCCGACGCCGAUGAACUCGACUUACUGGGAGCCGCCGCCGAUGAGGUCAACGACGCCCCUGUAGUCCAUCGACCGCCCGACCCGCUGCCGCAACCUUUCCUCGACGCCGUCAUCCGAGCCUACGCCCACGAUUCGCAAGCCCAAGUCAUUGUUGACGACCCGCUGUCAUGGCCGAUGUUUCGGGUGACCGAGGAAGGGAGGAUCUUGCGUGUACAUCCAGAUGAGUCUCUUUCCCUGUUUGUGCCUCGCGGUCUCGCUACCGGCGUUGUCGACUCCGACAAGCUCCCAUCGCUGCGCGAGCUCGUGCUUUCGGAGAUCCAUCGGAGCGUCGGGCACGCGGGACAUCGCAUCACCUUGGCCGCCAUACGUCCUUUGUAUUGGUGGUCGUCCAUGUCUGCCGAUUGCGCCAAGUUCUGCCAUUCAUGCGAAGAUUGUGCCCGAGGCAAAGCGUCCACUCAAGUCCCUUAUGGCCGACUGCAUCCGAUGCCGAUCCCUUCUGGCCCAUGGGAACAAGUGGCCAUCGACUUCAUGACGGGACUGCCUCCGGUCGAGUUCGAAGGGAUGAUGGUCGCUCAAAUCAUGGUGGUCACUGACACUUGGGGCAAGAUGGUCCACCUGAUUCCCCUCCCAGCCGACGCCGACUCCGAGCUCGUUGCCGACAGGUACUACGCCACCAUCUUUCGACUGCAUGGGACGCCUUCCGCCAUCGUUUCCGAUCGCGAUCCCAAGUUCACCUCGCAGUUUUGGCGAGCAUUGCAGGCGAAGGUCGGCACCGUCUUGCGGAUGUCAACAGCGGCGCACCCAGAGACCGACGGAUCGAGUGAGAACCGAAUCAAGAUGGUCACCCAAACCCUGCGCAUCAUGGUGUCGUCAAACCACGAGGCUUGGGCAUCUCGUCUUGUUGAAGCUGAGUUCGCUCUUAACUCUUCCGUUGCUGUUUCCACGUCUCUGUCGGCUUUCGAGGCGACUUACGGUUACCUUCCUCGACGCUGGCCCACCGAUUCCUGGUCUGUCUCGGACGUCCCGCGUGCGGAAGCGUUUGCCCGAAUCCGACAGUUACGGAAUCUCGACGUCACGGAUGCGAUCAUUGGUGCACGCCUCGAUCAGACUCACCAGGCCAACAAGCAUCGACGCCCGGAUGAUCCCGCCUUUCGGACCGGCAGUUAUGUCUAUCUUUCGACCAAGAACCUGGCAGUUCCUGAAGGGAUGAAGUCGAAGUUGUUGCCGCGCUACAUUGGUCCUUUCCGUAUCCGAGCGGCCAUUCCAGCGACGUCCAGUUACGACCUCGAGCUUCCCCCAGCAAUGUCGCGAGUGCACAGUCGCUUCCAUGCUCGACUGCUUCGCCCCUAUGUUGAGAACGAUGCUGAGAGGUUCCCUGGGCGUGACCCCGCAGUUCUUUUUGUUGAAGAUGUAGCCGACGCGGCCGACAACUCCGCCAUUCCGGAACGGAUUGUUCGCGAUCGUCGGAACGCUCGGGGCAAUCGUUCGUUCUUGGUUCGAUGGAUUGGCCGUAAGGACAUCGAUGACACUUGGAUGUCAGAGCAGUCCCUCCGCUUCGACCAUCCAUCCCUACUCGACGCCUACCUGGCACAACUCGAUCGCUCAAAUCGCCGCCUGUCCUCCCGGUAG